AAAACACGCCCGUCCGCUCUCCCGCCCUGCUUCCCUCCCUUCGGAGACUGCACAGAGCCAAGGGCUGAGGGGAAAGGCGGGGCUGCCCACAUCUGGCCUGAGUAACCACAUCUGGUCAUAGCAACAACGGCCCAGGGGCCUGGGCUGGGCGGAGGGCAGGACGCCCCAGGGAGCCAGGAGAGCCGGAGGGGGCGGGGGCCUCCUCCUCCUCCUCCCACUCACUUAGAACCCCAGAGGGCGCCUCCGCCCUCAUCCCCGGUCCUCCAGUCCGCCCCCUCCGGCCCAGCCCGCCACAGCUGUCCCGGGCUGCCCAUGGAGCUCGACCGGGCUUUCUGCGCCGCAGGAGAGUUCGGGAGAUGCCAGAGGCGCCUCGUGGCCGUACUCCUGGGGCUGCAGGUCUAUGUGGCCUGCCAGUCUGUGCUCAUUGUGUUGGUGGGUGCUGUACCAGAAUAUCACAUCGACCAGGAAGAGAUUCCCAGGAACCCCGAGGAGCUGGCCAGCCAUGUGCACUUUGCAGAUAAUUUUACAUCCAUAGUGACGGAGUGGUGCUUAAUCAAACAGGAAGCGUAUAAAGUGAGCCUGACGUCAUCCUUGUUCUUUGCGGGGCUGCUCAUUGGAAACCUCACCUUUGGCCCGUUAUCAGAUAGACUGGGCAGGAAGCCCGUGUAUUUGACAGGUCUCUUUUUUGAUGUAAUUUUGGGCUACAUCUCAGCCUUUGCCCCAAGUUACCAGGUCUUUGCCAUGUCCCGCCUUGGUGUUGGAGUUAUGAAUGGUGGAACAGCUUUAGUAUCUUUUGUCUUGACACAAGAAUAUGUAGGGAAAUCAUUUUGGGCACUAACAGGUUCGUUGACCAACAUGACAUUCGCGGUUGGCAUCGCAUUCUAUGCUGUGCUAGGGUACUACAUCAGGGACUGGCGCACGUUGGUCUUUGUCUCGAAUUCUCCUGGGGCUUUCUUCUUUUUCCUUUCCUACCUGCUCCCUGAAUCACCAAGGUGGCUGCAUUCCCAAGGGGCUGUGGAAAAAGCCGAGGCCAUAAUGCAGGACAUAGCCUGUGCUAAUGGCAAAGAGAGGUUAAAGAUAAAAUUGAAACCACUCGGAGGGGCAGAGAAAACCCAAGACUCAGCACCUGGAGUUCUGAACCUGGUCACACACCCCGUCCUUCGCUGGCGGACGGUCAUCCUGAUGUACAUUUGGUACGUGUGUAGCCUUGUCUACUAUGGCCUUACUUUGAAUGCUGGUGAACUCAAAGGAAAUCUAUACCUGAACAUGGCUCUGUAUGGUCUGGUGGAAGUCCCGGCUUGCCCUCUCUGUAUAUACUUCAUCGAGAAGCCCUGGGCAGGAAGACGGAAAACCACCUCUGCUUUCCUCAUUUUCGCGGGGCUCGCCUGCAUCUCGACCACGUUCUUAGGCGACCGUCCGGGUUCGUUUUGGAAUCCCACACUGUUGGCCUUGAGUGGAAAACUGGCGAUAAGCGCCGCCUUCAACAUCGUGUACAUCUACACUUCAGAGCUCUACCCGACGGUCAUCAGGAACGCUGGCCUUGGGGUCUGCUCGAUGACCUGCAGAAUGGGUGGCAUCUUGGCUCCUUUCAUCCCCACCAUGAAAUCUCUGGGCCCUGCUGUCCCCUUGCUGGUGUUCGGCCUCAGCGGGCUUUCCGCAGGAUUCCUGGAUCUGCUCCUGCCAGAAACUCUGAAUGGGCCCACCGUAGAGAGCCUGCAGGAUCUGUAGGCCUCGGAAAGCCGACCGAGAAGCAGGCCGGGUGUGCUAAUGAAAAGGAAAUCAUCUUUUGAAAUCCACCAAAAGGAUUUUGGUUCUGAUCAAUGUUUGGCCAUUUUCUUUUUUUGGCAAGGAAUUUUUGCAAUCAAGACAAGAAGUCAUCAUUUGAUAGUAGAGGGAAGAAUGAAAGGACCAAGAAGCCUUCCCCUGAUAAACUCUGGAGCCCAGUAGAUGGAUGGGGUGGGAGGAGGGCCAUGUUUAUCAGAACUUGUAAUCAGAUAAAUUCGACAUCUGUGGAUCCAUGAAAUUGAGGAGAAACAAUCAGUGAUGAUGAAUGAAAAACGACUGGCCAUCUUGGUAUGGAUUUUAGGGUUAAUGAAUGGCAAGUACAGGACAUUGGAUAUUUUGAGUCUUUAGAACACUGUGUGCCAGUACCCAGAGACAGCAUCAUUAAUCACCCACAUGAAGUUGGGCGAUGGCAGCAGAGUACAAUCUUGGGCGUGAUCUGAUGAGUAGGUCAAGAUAGAGAGUUGCAAUGGUCCAUCAUUGGAGAGUCACCACCCAACUGCUCUUUUCAGACUUGUCAUUAAGCUCAUUGUGUGCCCAAUGGGAUCUUCCUCCGUCCCCACUUCACCAUCCACCCUCAACUUUUUCUCAUUUUCCUUUUAUGGACUUUUCAGGGACAAAAUACCUCAUGGCUAUGACCAAAGACUUUUUUUUUUCAUUGGUUUUAUAUUAUAGAGUGGUAAGCCAAUUAGAUUAUCAAGGACUUUAAAGAAAGCCAAUCAGGUAUGUGCCAAGUAGGUCCCCCACACCCAAAUAAAUCUAGCUGUCACAAACAUUUAGUCAAUGGUUGCAGAGUGGAUGAAGGAAAGAAAGAAUGAGCCCCUACCAUGAUAACGCUGGUGUGUGGGAUAAGAACAAUGAUAGGAGUUGAAUGUUAUUUAAUGCAUUUUCAUUCAGGGAAGAGAGACAUUCAUGGUACAGUGGGUAGAGAGCUGGCCUCAGAGCCAGAAAGACCUGCCCUUGACAUAUAUGCUGGAAUGACAUAUAUGUAGGACCCUAGGCAGGUCACCUAACCUCUAGUAUUCAAGUAAGCCUCUAAGUUGCUGGGAAGGUAUGCCCACUUGCAUCCGUAGGAAGGGAUUCCCAUAUUUAGGAAUUCCUUAUAUCAGUGAUCACAGGCUUCAUCCCUAUCUGCUCUCCUUCUCAGUUAAAGAAGAUUCAUAUUUUGUUCAUUUAGCAAAGAACAGCAGGGCUACAUAGCCAAAGUUUUGCAUUUCUUAUUCUGCCUCUGAUUAUUCCCUGCAGCAACAUGGGAGGGGGUGCCAAGAUACAGCUGAAGCUGCUUCCCUGCUGGGUUAAUUGGUAUUUAAAACAUUCAGCCCAUAAGGUAAAAGGUACUUAGGAUCUCUGUUACUAGGGGAACCAGGAAGCAUUUCUCAGUGAUAAUUUUAUUGCCUACAGGAAGAAAUACAACGUCCUCAGUCUGGCUUUUAAGCCUCUCCAGAAUCUGGCUCCAGCCUCCUUUUCUCCUCUCAUUGGAUCAUGCUUUUUCCUUCCUGUACUCUUAAGUUUCAGCCAAAUUGGACUAUUAGCUGUACAUUGAACUCAACAUUCCACCUUCCAGCUCUCUGUAUUCUCAGAAGUUGUUCCCCAUGCUGGAAAUUCAUUCCCUCCUCAUUUCUAGCUCUGAAGCUGGAUCUUUCUUCUUUUUUAAAAAAACUCAAUUUUAUUUUCAGAGCUGCAUUCUCUCCCUCUCACAUCUCCCUACCCCAAUGAGAAAACAAGAAAAAUAAAUCCUGUUACAAGCGUGUAAUCAAGCAAAACAAA